CAUCUUCGCGGCCGUACGAUGCUUUCCUUCCAUGUGGAUUUGAGCAUGGGCUCGGACGACUACGAAUGGAUCGAGGACCCCGUAUUCGAUAUGGACAUAAGCCCUCCUGUUGGUUGGACUUACUUCCCUCCCAAGGUAAGGGACAGUGACAACUAUCAAAUAUGGUAUUUUGUUGGGCAAUCGAACGACACUACACUAGCCAAACAAAAAGCCAACGCCGAGAUUCGAGCAUCGAUGCUGGAAGCUUUGACGGCUGCAAACAUGCCUUUGUACGGUGUUGAAGUCACGAACGACUUUAUGCCCGUUCAGAUUGAAAAUCCUACUACAAAUUUGAAAGGAGUUGGACCACUUUAUGGAAAAGUCGAAGCAGGAGCUGUUGCACAGACGUCUCCUGGAGGGACAGCCGAUUUCGUAUUCCACACAUACACGGUGCCAGUGAAGGUGACCCUACGUAAUGUGGCAAAUACUAGGAACCGAUGGAAUAUCGUGAAGAAUACGUUCAUGCAAAAGCUCUCAUUGAAUUUCGGUGCUCGUUUCAAUGGCGAGGUGACCGUUGCCAAGUUUUAG